ACUUUCUUGAGCCUAACCGAUGUAUACCAAAACUAACAUGACAAUAAAGCAGAAGCAAUCUGACGUGGUUGCCUGAUAUCGACAGCACCCAAAUUUAAAUUCCCGCUUAACCAAAUUUCAUUUUCAGAACAAAAUAACCCGCGAGUUCCAAAACACACAAUCCGCAAACCCAAAUCCUGAUCUCCGGUGGAAAAAAGAAUCGGCGGAAAUUCCGGCUCCAGCAACCGUCUCAGCGCUCUUCGCCGCGUCUUCGAACUUGAAAAAAGUGUGAAGUUUGAUCUGGUUCUUGAAUCUUGAUACUUUAAGUGUGUUCAAGUGUUGAGUUGUGACAAAAGGUUAAAGAACAGCAGCUUCUUCCUACAAUCAUGGCAAACUAUUAUGAUAUUGAUGACAUUCUAGCAGACGAAGAGCUUGUUCCAGCAGUAUUCCUGGAGGCAGUGAAUGGAGUUGGUUUGUUUGAAUCAAAUGAAGCAAACAGGGUAGAACCAAGGUCAAAGGUAGAAUUACCAUUCUGGCUUGCAAGAGAACUGCACCUAAGACAAGCAGUAUCUGUCACCAUUCCUCCCUGUUUCAAUAAAAAGACUAGGGAAGAAAUAGGGGCUGAUGGUGCACAUGUGGACUUAAGAUCUCGAAGCUCAUAUUUCUAUGAGUUAGGAUGCAAGAUAGUUCAAUUAAUGGGUGACAAAAGCAUUGGAUCUUUACUAUUGGUUGCUUUCCAGACAAGGUACAAAGAAGUCUUGAUCAAGGCACAUACUGCAGCAUCAUCACUCACCCCAAAAUUUCUAUCUUCAUUAACAAAAGAAGAAACUAAAUUGUAUGAUGCUGCUAAAUCAUCAACUGCUGCAUUUAAAACAUGGAGAAUGGGUGGACCAAGGUUUCAAAAGGCUGCUGUUCUUGGUAGGAAAAGGAAACCAAUUGGUGGGGAGUAAUAUUUUCUCCUUUUAAUUGUUUUAAGAUGUGUUCUUGAGUGUUUUCUACCAAAUUAAUUGUUGUAGCUUUGUUUGUGUAAUUUCUAUGUAUUCUUUUUUGUUUAUUUAAUUAUUGAACACCUUUUACAUGUGAUACAUACAA